CCGAGUUCAGCCUCGUUUCCAAUGAAGCGGUUCUCUUGUGAGGCAACAGGGAGCAAAAGCAAAAAUUUAUCGAAUUUUUGUUGAAUUGUAAAUUGAUAUACACACCGUGCAAUGGCAAGGACAAGCGCUACAUAGUACAAGGUUGUCCACUUGGCUUCAAUCCAACAUGGGCGACUUUAAACUAGCCUCGGCUGGUGAUGAUAUUAAAAUAUGGGACUGCAAUGGAUACACGCUGGUCAAACAGUACAACCCACAUCCAGGGAAUAUUGGGUCCUUGUGCUGGAGUCAUGAUAAUUUUUUCCUUGCCAGUACAUGCUCUGGUGGAGAUAGGAUUGUGCUGACAUAUAUGAAAACUGCUGCAAGUAAUGCAGUGGAAGUUACACUUGGGGAGGAUACCAGCUGCACAGUGUUCAGCUCCCAGUCCAGGUAUGUGCUAGGAGGCAGGAAGGACGGCUCCUUACAACUGUGGGAUCUCAAAACCCAGAAACUCAAGAAAGUCUACAAGGAUCACAAAUCUCCAGUCUCCUGCUUGUCCUUCAACUGGAAUGACACCUACAUGGCCUCAGGGUCAGAGUCUGGGCAGAUUGUCCUGCAUAAUGCGGUCACUGGUCAAGCUUCCAGUCCACUGGUCACUCCUAAGACACAGGCAAUACGUAAACUCCAAUACAGCAAUUUUAAGAAGUCAUUGCUUGGCUCUGUAUCUGACGACGGGGCCUUGAAUCUUUGGGACGUAAACACACGGCGCCUGCUACAUUCAUUUAAUGACAUGCACCGUGCUCCUGCGACAGGACUUGUGUUUUCUCCGCUCAAUGAAAUGCUGCUAAUGAGUGUGGGACUAGACAAAAGAAUUGUAUGUUAUGAUGUCCAUGGUAAAACGGCUGUUAAAUCGGUUACAGCUGACAGUCCCCUGACAUCCGUUGACAUGCUACAUGACGGCGUGACUGUUGCAGUUGGCACCACGCGUGGCAUGGUUCACAUUUAUGAUCUCCGCCAAGGAAUGACUCCAGUGAGGUCGCUGAAUGCUCACAAGUCUUCAGUGCAGUGUCUGAACUUCCAGUCUAAUUAUAAACCCUCCAAGGAUAGCGGAAGUAAGAGAGCUACGUCUGCCACUCCCAGGACAGUUCAACCACCAAAGACCGCAGCUUCCUCUAUUGUGAAAGCAGCUGGUGCUGCCAAGUCCAAUCACAAGAUGGAGCCAGAAACACCUGCACAAAGAGCAAGCUUGACUGACAAGACCAACCUUACUAAGAUCAGAGAGGAGCAUCUACAGGACUCGACAGAGCAGGAUAUGUUCUCUCCUCUUAGAGAAGGUGGUUCAGGAGAUGGAUCAGAGCUGGUCGCUAACAGCAGGACCUUUGAGAAUGUCCCCUCAGAGAACAGACCAGACAUUGUUGGGAUGGCCGCUGGCGUGGGGAGCAGGCAGCAGGACAGCUUUACUGCAGGAGGUGUGUUUUCACCUUUGUCUGCUAAUACAUCCAACACCUCACUAAGAAGAAAUCCUAUUGGUGCUGGUAGCCUCAAUGACUCUUCAUUGUUAGGAAACCGUCCAAUCACAACAGGAGUUUCUUUUGAAGAUGGCCUGCAUGCAAAGAGUUCAGAGGUCCAUGCAGAUACUGGAGCUGGAAUUACAGAUGAAGAUGUAGAGAGCAAGUCAUACCAGUACAUGAAUGGCACACCUGGUGUCAGAUUACCUUUACCACAAGGUAUUUCAGAGGGCAGCACAAGAAGUCCACGAACCCCAAGAACACCCAGAACCCAGGCUGCUGUAAGUGAUGACCUCUAUAGGUCAGACAAGGUCACAACAAGACCAAAAGACCUGUCCUCCAGAGAGACUGAAUCACGGAUGGGGGAAAGGCAUUCAGACAGCUGGACAGUAGCUGAGAGCAGUCAGAGACAGAGAAUGACCAGUGGUCAAAAAGUGGACUCGAGAGACGGAGUGGUGUCUCGGCUUUCAUCACACAUAACAAGCAGUCGUGGCUCAGGAGAUUGGAUGGACGGAUCUGAUUGGAAACCACAUCAAGAGCAGCACCAACAACAGACUGCUUACUCUACUACAAACUCUAGCAGUAAUGCAGUUGUCCCACUCUCUGGGGGCAUUGGAGCUGGGGCAGCGGCUUCAGGGACCACACCCACCACGCCCCAGGGUGUGCCCCUGGGUAUUCAACCAUUUCACACAGAGUUUAUCAGGAAUGUUGUGGAGGAAGCCAUGGAAGAGUUCAGAGAUCAGAUGCACAGGGAACACAUUCAUCUACAGAUGGAGAUGAUAAAACAAUUUCAAAUUCAGCUGCAUGAAGUCAGGUCUAUGCUUCAGGAAUUUUCAGUCAACGAAGAACUUGUGGCAGAGAUCCACCGACUGCGAGAGGAAAAUGAGAGGCUGAAGAAGAACUACUGAAUAAACGUGUCUUUGUUAUAAACUUCUCAUGUUUACAUAAACAUUGCUUUAGCAUUAAACAUUUUAUCACUGCAAACAUAUGCCCAAUAUAUUUAUUUCCAAAAAUAAAUUGAAAAUAUGUUAUAAUACUUGUUUAUACAAAAAUGUAAACAAAUUGAAUGCUUUCAUUAAAAAUAGCUUGGGUAGGUUGCCAAAGUUCUAAUUAAAGUGUUGCCUGUGUUCAUAGAUGAUGCAUUGCUAUUUUUGUGUGUUAAACCCGAGUCAAGAAAAGAAAGUUGUUGGGCCUGGUAUGAACUUGUUAAAAAGAAGGGAAAAAUCGGUGGACCAUUUUCCGUCCCUUUCAAUAAAUAUUUCAUCUUUUGAGUGUGUGAGGUUUUUUAAUUGAGUGGGGAAUAAGACAAACAAAGAGGAAUGAAUGUGUCAUUUGGUCUGGUAUGGUGUCCACAGUGAUAAGUACUUUUUCCUUCUCUGUCAUAUUUUGCGACUCUUUUAAAUUGAAUUGUACUACAUAAUAUGUAUCACUGCUGUAAUAAUUUAUCCUCAAGUAUAUAGUGCUUAAAAUUCAAUAAGGGUAAUUUUUUUUUUUUAGAACGAGUCAUUUUUCACAGAUUCCUUCUAUCUGUUAAAAUGUCUCACUAUUGAAGUGAUAAUCAGUCAGCAAUGUGGCUUAUCUGAGGUCAUAUAUUAUUUCGUUUGUUAAGUUUUUGGAUAAGUUUAAUGCUAGAGAAAGAAGAACACUACAAUGUAGCACUUUAAAAAAAGCUUUCUGCAUAAGCCAUGGGCAAUGUUAACUUUUCAACUUAAAAGGAGCUUACCUUCAUUAUUUUUAUAGAAGUGAUCCUAAAUGACUUUUGUGUGGUAUUACAGGUGAGAAGCAUGAUGAAAUAUGAUCAUAAACUGUUUGGGGUAGUUAUGCAGAGACCGAUGCCAAAUUAUUGCUACUAUUGAAUAUAUACUGUCAUUUAGGAUAUAAAAAAUUCUAGUUAAGUACUAAUUGCUUCGUUAGAUAGAAAGCGCUGCAAUGCAGGUAAAU